GCACGUUCCCGGCGGUGGGAAGGGGGAACAAUGGCACGCGCAGUGGCUGCGCUUUCGGCCGCGCGGCAGCCCCAGUUCUGCUGAACUCCAGACCCGUCUGCAACUUUAACACUGAGUCCAGUCAGCCCGUUCUCCUGCAAAGCCGUACGCUGCUAUGGGACUCUGUUGAAGUUUGGCACUCAGCAGGAACGUUGGGUGAAAAUGAAAAGCUUAAAAGCCAAAUUCAGAAAAAGUGAUACACAUGAAUGGAGCAAGAAUGAUGACCGACUACUGCAAGCUGUGGAGCAUGGCGACACAGAGAAAGUGGCAGCCCUUUUGGGUAAAAAAGGGAUCAGUCCCACAAAACUGGACAGUGAGGGCAAGUCUGCUUUUCACUUGGCUGCCUCAAAGGGACAGGUGGAAUGCUUGGGAGCGAUGCUUUCUCAUGGUCUUGAUCUAACCAUACCUGAUGGCUCAGAUUGA